AUUUAAAAUCCAGCCCCCCUUCUCCUUCUUCUCCAGUGUCUCAUCUGAGCCUCCGAUCAUCUCAUCGCUGGCACACAAAGAAGCGUGUCCUUCAGCAUCCAAGGGCAAGAGGAAUCCUGCAUCCAUCCUUUUGGCCUUUUAUCCAUCUCGGCUCCCAGCGCAAACCUGGCUUUUGGAGAUGGGGACCAUCCUGCCUUUGCAAGCUAUCGUCCUGCUGUGCCUUUGCAGAGCCUUUGCCUUGCCGCUAACCACUCAGCUGUCAGAAGAAGAUGAAAAGGUGACCAAAUGCAUCACCGAAAUCUUGGCAGAUACCCUUUCCGGACCCAGCCCGCAUCCAGUGACCAGCAAAUGCAUGAAGAUAUUAAGAGAAGACGAGAGAGUCCUUGCGAUGCUCCAUCACCAGCAUCUCCUCUCGGAGCUGGAAGAACUGGCCCAUCAAGAGAAUUUAAAACAUCGCCUGGGCCACGACGCCUGGGAAGGAGAAAAUGGUGGGCAGGAAGAGGUGAAGAAGAGGGACACGAAACCCAUCUUCCAGAGAGAAACUACCACUGAGAAGAUGAGCGAGCAAAGUGGAGAAAGGAAGGAAGAGGAGCUGAAAGAGUAUGAGAAGACAGAAAAAAUGAAAGAGAAGGUGAAGGAGGAGAAGGUUUCCGAAGGAGAGGCCCACCGUCAAGCUUUGGAGGAGCAGGUCAAGGAGCUGAUGGAGGAAGAGGAGGAAGGGAAGAAGGAAGAGGAGGAGGAGGAAGCGAGGAAGAAGAGGAGGAGUUCCUCGGAGACUUGGUCUUCUAAGGAAUAUUUUGGCCACGUCAAGAGCAGAGGUUCAGGUCAGCCCAAGAUCAGGGAGGGGAUGCUUCAGGGGGACCAAGAUGAGAGAAAAAGGAAUGGCUUGGUCAAGAGGCGCUUCAACCUGGAGGAGGAGGAAGACGAGAGCGAUGAAGAAGAGCCGAGGAAGUAUCACCACCGAGGGUUCAACGAAGGCCGUCACCAUGACUGGGAUGAAGAGGAGGUGAAGAAGAGGCCAUACCUGGCCAAGCGAGUGGCUGAGAAGGCCAGCGAUGAGGAGACCUCUCAGUUUGAAGAGGAAGAGAAAGGAGUCAAGAUCUCUAACUCGCAGAGCCACCUCCAUGGAGGAUUGAAACCAUGGCAAGAAGAGCAAGAGGAAGAAGUAGGUGGGUCAAAGCAUAGGCACCACCAUAAAAUCAGUGGUUUGGACCUCAAGAAGAGGCAUGAGAAGGAUGCCAUGUACCUGAAGGGACGAUAUCACAGCCACGAUGCGGAGGAAGAAGAAGAAAGAGAGGCCAGCUCAGAUGAGAAACUGAAGAAGCUGGAAGAGAUUGAAGAAGAGUUGAAAAUGGCUGCUGAGAGGCUUGAGAAACUCAAAAGGGGGUAGCCCUUCCACUGCUGUUUUCGGGAACAGAGUGGGCAGCGAAAGGGAUCACCUUCUGCCCAGUCUUUCCCCUCUUCCUUCCUUUGCAAUCUUUGUAAAUAUAUCUUCUCUCUCUCUAGCUUGGCUUUGGACUGUUAAUGGAGCUUUCCCUUGCUUCGAAAGAGCCCCUGUCCCCAACCCAAAAAACCACAAUCCCUCCAUCCCUACCAUCAUCUUCCCCUAAAGGCAAAAAUACUUCAAUGCCCAAAUUGUUCAACAUUUGGGGAAACUAACUGCUCUUCAGGAUUUGCUUGCCUACUUGCAGGAUACUUGGCAUACUCUAAAAGCUCUAUGCAGCCUUGUUGUUUUUCACCUCUAUAAACACAGCAGGAAAUGGGGAAACUUGAGUCAUUCAGAUAUUUCCGUAUCGUGGUUUGAGUGUUGAAAUAGGAUCCUGGGAAACCAGAGUUUGAAUCCUCACUCAGCCAUGGAAACCCACUGUUGAGCCAGUCGCUCUCAGCUUCAGUUGAAGGCAAAGGCAAACCCCUUCUGAACAAAUCUUACCAUGAAAAAUCCACAACAGGGUCCCUUUAGGGUCGCCAUUAAGUCAGAAAUGCCUUGAAAGCACACAAUCCCUUACGAUCCACCUUAGUGCUUUAUGGUUUAGGAAAUGAAACCCAAGAGACUGGAGAAAGUCACUCCUCACACGCCUUUGCGACUGUAAAAGCAGGGAAGACAGUCCUUUAUCCAUAUGGUCGGCCAUUAAUAUUAAUGUGAGCACCAGGAAAAUAUACAUUGAUUCAAUGUAUUUCCAAGGGAACCUGAAGCCCUGAGCUUAAAUCCAGGCCCUCAAAUAGUCACAUCCCCUUCCUAAAAUAGCAUCAUGGGGUGGUUUCCCAUCUUUUUAAUUUUUCAUCCCACAAAAACUCGCAAUGCAGCCCCUUAGGCUUAGCUACUGGCAGUAAGAGAAUUCUGCCAAAGCAUGCUGGCAUUUUCAUGGUGGACUUUGGCAACACCAACUACUGGCCAUCUGUCGGGGGUGCUUUGAAUGCGAUUUCCUGCUUCUUGGCAGGGGGUUGGACUGGAUGGCCCAUGAGGUAUCUUCCAACUCUACUAUUCUAUGAUUCUAUGAAUAUUUCCCACCCAAGAACAUCUCAAUUUGAGUCUGGCCCAUGAGUUCACAGCAGUUCCCCAUGAACCAAAGGAACCCGGUGUCCACAGAAACGCUUGAUCCAAACGCCAAGCUUUUCACCUGUAAGACAGGUGUGUGCCUCCACAAAUAAAGGUGGAACUCUAUCAGAAGUUUGGUGUAGGUAGUUCCUAACUCCAGCAUUCUCUGAAGGGUGUAUUGCAAAAUGUAAAUGUUCCCCCCUCUGUAGGCAACAACUUAAGCUCCAGGAUUAAGGCAGGGACUUUUUUUGUAGUGUAUAAAAGGAACCCCCUCCCAUUAAUGUCUUACCUCCAGGUUUUUAAACUUAGUUUUGCUAUGGCAGUAAUCCCCCAGCCAUUCCUUGACCCAUUUUGUAUUCACUGCUUUGUGACUGUUCAGACUGAAAUCUUCUAUCUCUUUACCAAACCUCAGCUGCCUCUUCAAGCAUCAGUACAAAGGCAGAACCAUUUUGGGAAGAUGCCUUAUGCAGUCCUGGGGAUAUCUGGUUUGUUUACCUGCCUAGGUAUUGUUCUGCUUGGAUACUGGCAGCUGAGGCAAGGUUUGCUUUAAUUGCCAGUGUGGAGUCAACUUAAUAAAAUGAUGAUUAAAAAAAUAA